UGCGAGCAUGUGAGCCAGCACCUGCAGCAGCACCUUUCCGGGGAAGGCGGGGACGAGGUGGACCCUCUCGAGGAGUACACGUGUUUGUGCAUUCGCCACGUCUAUUUUCACUGCUACCACACCAAGCUCAAGCAGUGGGGGCUGCAGGCCCUGCAGAGCCAGUCGGAUGUGAGCCAUUGCCAGCUGGACUUCCAGAGCCGCAAUAUCAUCCCUGAGAUCCAGGAGAACUUUCUGUGUCUAUGGGAGUACUGUGAGAGAUCAUUUGAUAAUCCUGAGUGGUUCUAUCGGCAUGUGGAGGAUCACAGCUUCUGUUCGGAGUACAAGGCAGCAGGGAAGGAGAACCACGUGGUUGUCUGUGGCUGGAAAGACUGUGAUUGCACUUUCAAGGGACGCUGCAAACUGCGGGAGCACUUGCGCAGCCACACGCAGGAGAAGGUGGUGGCCUGUCCUACUUGUGGGGGGAUGUUUGCCAACAACACCAAGUUCUUUGACCAUAUCCGCCGUCAGACUGCACUGGACCAGCAGAGGUUUCAGUGUUCUCACUGCUCCAAGAGGUUUGCCACAGAGAGGCUGCUCCGUGACCAUAUGAGGAACCAUGUGAACCAUUACAAGUGCCCUCUGUGUGACAUGACCUGCCCGCUGCCCUCCUCCCUGCGCAAUCACAUUCGUUUUCGGCACAGCGAGGAGCGGCCGUUCAAGUGUGACAACUGUGACUACAGCUGCAAGAACCUCUUUGACUUGAGGAAACAUCUGGACACGCACAGCAAAGAGCCAGCCUAUCACUGCGAUUUUGAGACUUGCAGCUUUACAGCACGUUCCCUCUGCUCCAUCAAACUGCACUACCGGAAAGUCCAUGAGGGUGACUCAGAGCCACGGUACAAGUGCCAUGUCUGUGACAAGUGCUUCACACGUGGAAACAACCUCACUGUCCAUCUCAGGAAGAAACACCAGUUCAAAUGGCCUUCGGGUCAUCCUCGCUUCAGGUACAAGGAACAUGAGGAUGGCUACAUGAGACUGCAGCUGGUCCGUUACGAGAGCGUGGAGCUGACAGAGCAGCUACUGAAGGACAGAGAGAAGCAGGGAGAGGUGCUGGAUGGCUCAGCUGAGUGUGUGAUGCUGUCUGACGGUUAGAGCAACCUGCAAGGCAUCAUUCUGGAGGCCCCGGCAGAGGCUUCCCUCGUGGGAAACAGCAUUGAUGAGCUGCAGGUGGCCCCGCUGCACCCAGUCCCUUGCUCUGCUGACAACCCUGAGCCAGCACAAGUGAGUUCCUUCUCAGGAGCAGCGCUGUCAUCAGAGCAAGAACCCGGCACCCCAACGAACCCUAUCAUCCAUGUGGUGAACCGGACCAAUGAGCACGGGGACAAUGAGACUGUGUACUAUGUCAUGGCCAGCAUGUCUUCAGAGGAGCAGGUGGCAACACCUGGCGGGCUGCCUGUGGAGCUGGAAGAGAACGUCAUGGACCGUCUGCAGAAGACGGCUGAGGAGCUGGGCAUCCAGAUUGUGUAA